AUAUCCACAGCAGCAACAACACUUCUGCUACGUGUAUCGUAUUUUUGCAACCUCAACAAAUAACACCAAACAAAACCAAAGAACAGGAAGGUUUUCAGCAACAAAGCACUUUAUGUUAACAUCUUUAUUUAUUUAGAUAAGCUGAUCACAGGAAAAUAAAUUACUUUUGAGGAACAGCCAACACGCAAACAAAAUGCCGAAGUUCCCAUCUCAAAGGCCGAUGUCACAAAGUCCUGUCAAGUCAUGUGCUUAUGUUUGCUCGAGAAAUUCGCUCGCAGCUUUGAACACACUGUAUAUUUUUCUUGGCUUAACACUGAUAGGUGUUGCUGCUUACUCCAAGGUUGCUGUUAUGAAAAAUCUUAGUUUGCCUAUCCUUGGUGGUGUCAUUGCUUGUGGAGUAUUCAUAUUCCUUACAGCAAUGCUUGGUUUAAUAGGAGCAAUAAGGCACAAUCAAGUACUGCUGUUCUUUUACUUGGUGAUAAUGUCUCUUCUUUUCAUAAUCCAACUGUCAGUUUCAAUUGCUGCAUUAGCUGUCACUAGUGAUCAGCAGCAUGAUAUCUUGAAGGCUGGAUGGCAUAAAGCUGCUAGUGCAAAAGAGAAAAGUGAACUUCAGACAAAACUGGAUUGUUGUGGAUUUGAGACAGUGAAGUUCAAUGUCAGUAGUACUAAUCCUUCUUGUUCUGGAUUGUCUUGCUGUGUGGAUGACAAGACAGGAAAAGGUGCUGAUCCAUGCCUGGGUUGUACCACUUGUUACAAAAAGUACAAAGUUACUCUUGAGCAUGCUCUCUCAGUUGCUGGUGGUGUUGGCCUCUUUUUUGCAUUUACUCUACUCAUGGGUAUCUACCUUGCCAUCAAAUACAGAAAUCAGAAAGAUCCUGCUGUGAAUCUGGAUGCCUUCCUUUAAGCUUGUCGAUGCCAUUAAAUCUCUGAUUGGAAUUCCUAAGUUGUAUACAUUUCUUUCAUCUUGAGGUACUUGCAAAGUGGCAUUUGCUGAAAAUCACUUAGAACAAAUGAUCUUUCAUAUUUCCAUGAAGUGAAAGCCAUUUUGUGAUUGGAACUUUGCUCCUUUCAAAAUAUAAUUUGUGUGCUGUGUAAGGCAGUGUUAUCAAUUUUGACUUUAGCUUUGUAAGAUUUGUUGAUUAAGUAUCUGAAUAUUAAAGUAACAGCCUCAAAAGGGAGUACACUGACAUUAAAUUUAACUUUACUCACAACUGAGUAAAAGUUACUUAUUUAAAUCAUACAAAUUUGCCAAUAUGCAUGCCAUAGAGGAUAACUUGAUGCAUCUGGUUUGGAAAAAUAGACAUAACUUUCACAGGUACAGCACAGCCCUACAAGAGUGUAAGCUUCUUAGGCCCCCUAGACAGAUUGAUUUAACAGUUUUAUUCAUUGGUGUUUUUAAAAGCUUUAAACCGUUUAACUCAACUGUAGCAGCUGUAAAUGAAGAAUGUUUGAAUAUGUUUCUUUCUAGUGGCUAUAGGGUAUAUGAUAAAGUUUUAAUAAACUCAGUCAUUUUAGUCAAAAAGAGAAUUGUUUUAUUUUCUUGGACAAUGCUAGACCUGUUUAUCAUAACAUACCUCAAAAGCAGUCUUGAAAACAGUCCAAAUUGGCUGCCUGUAGCAAAUAGGAAAUGUUGGAUUGCUGCUAUAAAGUUUUGAUUGCUGCUAUAUUUCUUCUUAAUAAUGUCCUUAUUUGCUACUCCUUAAAACCAACUACCUUUAGCCACGUUUUGCUACUUACAAACCUACUCUAAGGAUCUACAAGAACUUGUCUAAUUUUUGUUGGUUAUCAAACGAUUGAUGUUUGCGAAAUGUGGAAAAACUUUUUAAAUCGCAUAUUGAACUAGUAGAAUGUGAGAUGGAUGCAAGGCUCCUUUACCAAAAAUGGCCAUUGGUAACAACGUCCAUGUUUUCAAUAUUUUGUUUUUGAUGAGAGGAUAUUUUCAUACAGGUUUACAUAGGUUUUGGUUAAGUAUGCAGGUUUAUAUAGAUAUAUUUCGGAAAACAUGCCUUUAGAUCUUGGUAUGCGUAAAAUAACUACGUUUAUUUGCCGGCAAAAUGAUACCUUGUGCUGGGAAUUUACUUUCCUUUCAGUUGUGUUUUGCUUUUUUUAUCAUGAUAAUGUUUCAUAAAAAUUAUUAUGUGCAAUUAUCUUUGCCAAUUUCGCAGUUUAGAUUUAUGGUUGAUAAGUGCAUCAUUAACAUUGUUUUUAUUGUCUGUUUUAGUUCAA